AUGGCACCGCAACUUGAACCUUUCUUUAAGCAGGUCGACGACCUGUCUGGCUCUUUCAUUGACCGUCUGCGAAAGGCUGUCGCUAUCCCAUCUAUCUCCGCACAGGAUGAGAAUAGAAAGGAUGUCUUCAAGAUGGCCCAGUUUCUCGCUUCCGAGCUUGAGAAUUUGGGUGCCGAAGUGGAACAGAGACCGUUAGGUAAACAACCUGGAAAGGAGCACCUUGAGCUCCCUCCGGUUGUGCUUGCUCGUUACGGUAAUGACAAGAACAAGCGAACUAUCUUGGUCUAUGGGCACUAUGACGUGCAGCCGGCAUUAAAAGAAGAUGGCUGGGCGACAGAGCCUUUUGAAUUGACCGUCGAUGAUCAGGGAAGAAUGUACGGGCGCGGAAGCACGGACGAUAAAGGCCCCGUCCUCGGCUGGCUGAAUGUUAUCGAAGCUCAUAAAAGGGCCGGUGUUGAGUUCCCCGUUAAUUUACUCUGUUGCUUUGAGGGAAUGGAGGAGUACGGCUCAGAAGGUUUGGAAGAAUUCAUUCACACCGAAGGCAAGGAGUUCUUCAAAGAUGCAGAUGCUGUUUGCAUCUCGGAUAACUAUUGGCUUGGAACCGAAAAGCCUUGCUUGACCUACGGGCUCCGAGGCUGCAACUAUUACUCUGUGAGCGUUUCGGGCCCUGGUCAGGACUUGCAUAGCGGGGUCUUUGGUGGCACAGCCCACGAGCCGAUGACUGACUUGGUUCAUGUGCUUUCUAAACUUGUCGACUCGCAAGGAAAUAUCCUGAUCCCUGGAAUCAUGGAUCUUGUUGAGCCCCUUACGGAAGAAGAAAAAUCCCUGUACCCUGGCAUCAACUACACUAUGGAUAACCUUCACGAGUCACUGGGCAGUGAGACAAGCAUUCAUUCCACCAAAGAGAGAACCCUCAUGGCAAGAUGGAGGUACCCGUCUCUUUCUCUCCAUGGCAUUGAGGGCGCAUACUCUGCCCCUGGCGCAAAAACAGUAAUCCCAGCUAAGGUCAUCGGCAAGUUCUCAAUCCGAACUGUCCCGAAUAUGGAAAGUGAGGAUGUGAACAAACUCGUUUUCGAUUACGUCAAGGCAGAAUUUGCCAAAUUGAAUAGCAAGAACACAUUGGACGUCUGGCUCCAGCAUGAUGGAAAGUGGUGGGUUGCCAGCCCGAAGCAUUGGAACUUCUCGGCUGCAAGCAAAGCUGUGAAACAGGUUUUCGGUGUUGAGCCGGAUAUGACCCGUGAGGGUGGCAGUAUUCCUGUCACAUUAAGCUUCGAGCAAGCUACAGGCAAGAACGUCCUCCUUCUGCCCAUGGGAAGCUCAACUGAUGCUGCUCAUUCGAUCAACGAGAAGCUCGAUAAGAGAAAUUACAUUGAAGGAAUUAAGUUGCUGGGAGCGUAUUUGCAUUACGUUGCGGAGGAGCCUAUGAACCUUUGA